UUCCUUUCCUCUUAUAUUUUAAUAUUUCAUGAGGAAUUCUUUCAAAGAAUCGGUACCGUAUAACAUGUAAUGCCCACAAUGUAGUCAAUAUUAUCAUCGCUACAUCAUUUGAUUAUAUUAACCUAUAGUGAAUCAUUCAUAGGUUAAUUUUAUUAACAGUUUAAGGCAUGUUAAACUGUGAAUGUGUUAAUGACAGCAACUAACAUUUUAAAUAUACGUUUCUUUGUGUUUUGUAGCAAGAAGCUCUACAACAACAAUCUGAUGCCAUGACGAGGGAAGCCACCAACAUCGCGGCUGACUGUGUACCUCCCAACAUUGACACAGGAAUACAGAAUAAUACAGCAACCAGCAGUCAGUCUUUGUCAUCCGGUCGUAAACCUCCAACAAACGCCGAGAAGAAAAACCCUCUACUGAGUGACGCGGCUCAGAGUGUCCUGGCCAUGGGGUACCUGCCCAGAAUCGUCAAGAUGGCAGUCGAUAAAGUACUGCAGGCUAAAGGCUGGGAUGGCAUGUCUGGAUCAAACAUUGCUAACAUUAUUUUCGACAUGGAAGAGUCCGGUGAAAUCGACAAAGAAAAUUCCAUGGUUCCUAAAGUCUUGUCGGACAGUUCCUGGAAGAAAAUCAACGACAGAGUACCGGAUGAUAUCAAAGAGCUUACACAGAGAAACAGUGAAAUGCGAGAGAGGACCAUGUGUAUUCUGUGUUGUGAGGAGAGGGUGUCGAUUGUUUUUUUACCCUGUGGGCACCUGGUCAGUUGUGCUCAGUGUUCACCCGCUUUAAAAAACUGCCCAGUGUGCCGAGAAUCUAUCAAAGGGACGGUCCGUGUAUCAUUUGCAUGAGUUGGUCAAACAAAAUGGAAAAUAAUCACAAAAAAAACCAAACAACUCAGAAAAUUUAUCUAUGCAAUUCAAAAAGAAAAAAGAAAAAAAAUAAUGUAUACAUAUAUGUUGCAAUAAUUGUCGUUAGAUUAUUAGAUGGUAAUUUUAAUUGGAAUUUCAGUUUUUUUCUUAGGAAGGGGGGUUUACAUUUUUUUCCUCUAUUAAUUUUUCUUUUCUGGAAUUCAACUUUAAGAUAUUUUAUCUCAUAUAUGUUUUCUGCAAAAAAUUGCUUUUUUAAAAAUAUUUGUUUAAAAUUAUUUGAGGAAAAUGGUGUUUUAUUUAAAAUUCAUAUUACCAGGUAUUUGAAACUAAGAAAAGCAACACUGAUGAGGAUUCAAUAUCCGAAAUAUGUAUAUAUGUCUUCAACUGAUUCAAAUAAGCAAAUGUUUGAUAAAUGCAUAAAUCAUUUUAGAAAGAAGUACUUGUAUUAAAGGAGAAUUAUUUAAUCAUGUAAUUUUUUGUUUGACCAACUCAUCACUACAGCACAAGAUUUAGGGGUCAUAAUAUAUAAAACCUAUUCAUUACAAUAGUUUGCUAAAUUGAAUUUUAAUAGUCAUUUUGUAUUAUAAAAAUAUUUUUUUUAGAAUUCACUAGAAACAUUUAACAUUUUAAAUACUUGUGUUUGAAGCUAUACCAUAUGAAUAAGGGUCAAUGGAAUUUUAUUUUUAAAGAAGCAAGA